UUUUUUUACUUCGAAAACAAAUGCUGCUUUUAAAUUUAAUUGCCCUGAAAAUUGUAGGUGCGGCCCUGGCUAUCGAUUUCUGCCUCGCUGAAGCGGGUUUGACGUUUUCAUUCAUGAAAAAGAUCAAUGAAAAGAAACGUAAACAAAAUUUUGCUUUCGUGGUUCACCAGGUUCGAUAGAAUUUAGCAAUCAGUCUCACUUGUGUAAAAAACUACUUUUUUCUGAGUGAUAGCAAAAAAAGGAUGUGAUAAACCAUCUAUACAAGUGCAGCUUCUGCCCGUCCACGUAGAUUAUUUUUUCAAGUUUCGUAUUAGAUCGCUUUAUUCUUAUUUUAAUCGACUUAAAUCGCCAGCUUACCUUAGUCCAGAUAAGAAUAGCAUCACAAUGAAUCAAGAAAUACGCAUGAAGACAAAGCACUUUUACGCUGUGCUAGUGAUAUUAGGCUUUCUGCUAAUUUAUAGCUUAAGCUCCAACCGAGGCUGUGAUAGCACCGAGCAAGCGGCACUGGAGCUGCAAUCCCUCCAGGAUAACAGGGCAGCGUUCAUUCCCAACCACAAGGGACCAACCAUCUAUGCCAUAACGCCAACGUACGCAAGGCCCGUGCAGAAGGCCGAAUUGACCAGGUUAUCACACGUGAUACGCCUGGUGCCAAACGUAUUCUGGGUGAUAGUCGAGGAUGCCGAGCACACUUCCAAUCUGGUCACAAAUCUACUGAUGCGAAGCGGCCUGCAGGACCGAAGUGUCCAGUUGUCUGCCAAAACGCCGGCCAAUUUCAAGCUCCAGGGGAAAGAUCCCAACUGGCUGAAGCCUCGUGGCGUUGAACAACGCAACAAAGCCCUGGAAUGGGUCAGACAGCACAUGGCGGACAACGGCGGGCGAGAAAGGCAUUCCGUUGUGUACUUCAUGGAUGACGACAACACCUACAGUACCGAGUUGUUUGCGGAGAUUUCGAAAAUCGAGAGAAAUAAGGUUGGCGUUUGGCCCGUUGGAUUGGUCGGUGGCCUGAUGGUCGAAAAGCCGGUCCUCAACCGGGACGAGAUAGUCCUUGGAUUCAAUAGCGCGUGGCGCCCGGAAAGACCAUUCCCACUGGAUAUGGCCGGGUUUGCAAUCAGCUCGGAUUUACUGUGGGACAAUCCGCAGGCUCAGUUCAGCUACGAAGUCGAGCGGGGCUACCAGGAAAGUGAAAUCCUUCGGCAUCUGACCAUCGUUCACGAAAUGCAACCACUGGCGAACAAGUGCACCGAAGUGCUGGUGUGGCACACGCGGACAGAAACUCCCAAACUCGAUGCGGAGAAACAAUUGGUUAAGUCUGGAAAGCACUCCGAUACUGGGUUGGAAGUGUGAGCUAAGAGCUAAGGUAGAUUCAUGCAUUUUUACAAAUUUUGUCAGAACUGACGCAAAACAAUUGUGGCUUAUAAAAAUGUUCAACAUAGAAGUUGUUCGGAAAUACUCGUAUCUUACGAAUGUAGUAACAAGACUUUUUGGAUAACUUUGCACAACAUUUUUCCUAUUAAUGUUUAAUUUAUAUGUUGCUCAUUUUCGUACCAGUAUUAAGUUAUUCGGUAGACGUAAUUUUAAAUUAUAUUACAAGGUGGCGUUUUAUGUGUAUCAUAUUAUUUGGGUAUGUGAUUGAAAUAACUUAAUUAAAUAGGGUGUUUACAGCUUGAAGACUACUAUGAAAUGAUCUAAGAAUCAAUGCAAUAUUUACCAACAAAAAUCAGCAGAGUUUUACUUUUAAUAUGAGGCAACACAUCAGAACUUAACAUUUUGAGUUCUACAAUUAUAAUUUACUAACUGUCCCCGGCAAACUUUGUGUUUUGCCAAAAUCUAUACGCUCCUUACAAAUUUUUAAUGGAAAAACGUCUACAAGGGGGAAGAGUCUGAUCUGAGAUGACCAAAAAUGAGUCAACGUAGCUUCUGAACAGCGCUUUACAGAAAUCAUUCAAGAAUAGACUAAUUUUUUUUUUUUGACUACUUGGCAGCCCCCUGAGAGAAAGGAGUCCAUCGAUAUAAGCCAGGCAAAGAGAAUUUUACCCUUUUUAUCUUAUUCUAAUAAUUACUUGUGCAGAAAUAUCAUUUACCUUCUUUAACACCCCGUCAUACAUACUCUAUUAUUGUUGCUUUUAGAAAACUGCAAAUAUUUACGAUGCUAAACACACACCUUUAUGAACGAAAUCCUUUUUCACACUCGUAGAAUAUAUUUGUAUUUGGUACUGCAGCACCCGUUGCCCUUCACUAGUAAAGCACCACAUAGUUUUAAAUAAAUCGUAUUUAAUAAGAGGACCAUAUUUGAAAACAUUUUUCGACUUUUGCGUAGUAGAUAUGUAUGUACAUAAGUAGCAAUUACGAACAAAGUUGUCAUUCAAAUAUUAAUAUGACCGAUUCAAUCUUCCCUUGAUAAGAUGCCAACUGAAUGAUACAUAAAAGAUACAAAUAAAAAAGAUACGGCUCCA